AUGUUUUACUUCUUGGCAACUAAACUCCACAAACUGUAUACUCAAAUUAACACAUUUUCUUGGAAUUAUUCGGAGUCUGGUCACGGUAAAGGAGCUCCAGAUGGCAUUGGAGGAGCGACAAAACAAACUGCCGACAGAUUGGUCGCUGAAGGAAAAGAUAUAGCUUCAUUUGAUACUUUACUAGAAAGUUUGAAGCAAAAUAUAACAAAUGUUACAUAUUUUUCAAUUAAGAAACAGAAUAUUGAGAAUAUCAACACUAUGAUUGAAAAAGAAAAGAUAAAGCACUUCGCAGAGUCAGACGUCACUAACGAACAAAGUGAAGAAGAAGGAGAUGAAGAUGAGACUGAUGCUGUUGACGAAGAUGAUAAAGAUUUUUCCGAUGAAUCUGAUAAAGAUUUUUUUUUGUUUAUAUAA